CCCUCACCCGCCAUGCCUCUCGAAGCAACCAUCAUCAUCGUCGACAACUCAGAGUACAUGCGCAAUGGCGAUUAUCAUCCAGACAGGUUUCGCGCACAGACAGACGCCGUCACCACCCUCUUCCAGACAAAGGUCGACUCCAACCCAGAGAACACCGUGGGCUUCAUGACCAUGGCCGGCAAGGGACCAGAGGUUUUAGUAACAAACACCAAGGAACUCGGUAAUAUCCUCGGCGCCAUCCACCAAGCACAGGACAUGCUCGGCGGGGCUACCAACAUCCCAAAUGCUAUCGAGAAGGCUCUCCUCGCCCUCAAACACAGGUCAAACAAAAACCUCCGUCAGCGCAUAGUCGUCUUCGUCGGCUCGCCCCUCGAGGGCCAGGCCGCAGACGACAAGUUCAUGGUCAAGCUCGCCAAGCGGCUCAAGAAGAACAACGUCGCAGUCGACUUCAUCGCCUUUGGCGACGGCAUCGAGGAGGGCGAGCGGAGCAUCCUCAAAACGUUCAUCGACAACGUGUCAAGCGCUGACAACAGUCAUUACCUCUCUGUCCCUCCUGGCGCACAUCUAUUGUCCGACGUGAUCCUCUCGUCACCCAUCCUCGCCGGCGACCGGGGGAUCCCAGAAGAAGCAAUGGGCGAUGCAGGUGCACCGGGCGGUACGGGCGCAGGCGGCUUCGAGUUCGGCGUCGACCCCAGUCUUGACCCGGAACUCGCAAUGGCACUGCGCAUGUCGAUGGAGGAGGAGCAGGCUCGCCAAGCCGCAGCUGCGCAGGCAGCGGCACAAGCGUCUGGGACCGCUUCGUCCUCCGAACCGUCUGCUCCUGUCGCGCAAACGUCAGCAACAGCCCCAACAGCGGCGCAGCCCGCCGCGGCGACAGCGGGCGCUGCAGACGAGGAAGGGGAGGACGAAGAUGCUAUGCUCGCGCGGGCGUUAGCGCUGUCACAAGGGGAGGACGUCGAGAUGGCAGCAGAGGAUGAGAGCGAAGAGGACGCGAUCAAGAGGGCGAUCGAGAUGAGCUUGAAGGGGGACGACAACCAGCAGCCGAAAUGAGUGGUGGGGGUGCGGUGCUCGUCGUGCUGGUAUAUCCUGUUCCUUUUUCGCGCAUGGCAGUCUUCAUCUUCCUGUCGGAAUAUAAUGUACAUCAU